AUGUCAAACCCAAAAGACUUGACGAUCGCCAUCAUUGGCGCCGGCAUGGGUGGGUUGGGAUGCGCGCUGGCGCUAGCCAAGAAAGGCUUCAAACACAUCGACGUCUAUGAGACGGCUUCCAAUCUCGGUUUCGUUGGCGCGGGAAUCCAGAUGCCGCCAAACGUCGUCCGGGUCCUCGACCGCCUUGGCUGCUGGCCCGACAUCGAGAAGACGUGUACCGACGUUAAAGGCUCAAGCAUUAGACAGGGGGCAACAAACGUCGAGCUCGCCCACGUAGACAUGCCCAACAUCCGCGGGUUGUACGGCCACCCGCACUGCAACGACCACCGGUCCUCGCUCGCCGGCGGUAUGUACAACGCCUGCAAGAAGGAGCCCGCGAUCACGUUCCACUUCGCGACGGCGCUCGCAUCCAUCGAUUCGUUUGCGCCCAAGCCCAUCUUCACGGCACAGCCACGCGGCGGCGAGGCCUACUCCGUUGAGCCCGACAUCCUCCUCGCAUGCGACGGCAUCAAGAGCAUCGUCCGCAGCUCCCUCCUCAACUCCGUUGGUGCCGUCGGCGGCGAGGAGGAAACCGGUCAAGCCGCCUACCGCAUCAUGCUUACUCGCGAGCAGAUGGCUGAUGAUCCAGAGCUCCUUGCCCUCCUCGACUCGGACGAGGUCGUUCGCUGGAUAGGCGAGAAGCGCCACAUCAUCGCCUACCCCGUCUCCUCGCACAACAUGUACAAUCUAUCCACGACGCAGCCUGACUCUAACUUUGCCGCCACCACCAACGCCACUUACACCACAAAAGGCUCCAAGAAGGCCAUGCUCGACGUCUUCCACGACUUCUGCCCGUUGGUUCACCGCAUGCUCAACCUUGUCCCGGACGGCGAGGUCUGCGAGUGGCGCCUGCGCAUGCACAAGCCCUUGCCGACCUGGGUGCACACGGACGGACCCGUGGCCCUCCUCGGCGACGCCUGCCAUCCGACCCUCCCGCAUCUCAGCCAGGGCGCCGCCAUGGCCAUCGAGGACGGCUCCGUCGUCGCCGAGGUGCUCUCCCGCGCGCCCGACACCGACCCCAAGACCCUCCGGCGCUGCCUCAAGGCGUACGAGCUCUCGCGCCGUGACUGGACCGCCCAGCUCGUCAACAUGGCUUUUCUGUCGGGGAAGCAGCUGCACCUCGGCGAGGGCAAGGCCAAGGAGGAGCGCGACCGCAUGUUCGCCGAGCACAAGUCGGCCGGCUCCGUCCCGGACAAGUGGGCCUCGCCCGACGUGCAGCGGAUGAUUUACACUAAUGACUGCAUGGCCAACAUCCGGCGAGACUUUGAGGAGCUGUACAAAAGCGCAGCAUAG